GAUUUGAAUCGCGCUACCUGUGGGCGGCGGCGCCAUGGGGGCCCAGUCUUUGCCUCGGGCCUGGCUGCUGUAUCUCAAGGACCACCGCAUCUCUACGUUCAAAAACUGGCCCUUCUUAGAGGGCUGCGCCUGCACCCCGGAGCGGAUGGCCGAGGCCGGCUUCAUCCACUGUCCCACUGAGAACGAGCCCGACUUGGCUCAGUGUUUCUUUUGCUUCAAGGAGCUGGAAGGCUGGGAACCAGAUGACAACCCCAUGGAGGAACAUAGAAAGCACUCAUCUGGGUGUGCAUUCCUUUCUGUCAAGAAGCAGUUUGAAGAAUUAACCCUCAGUGAAUUUUUGAAACUGGACAAAGAAAGAGCGAAAAACAAAAUUGCAAAGGAAACCAACAGCAAGCAGAAAGAAUUUGAAGAAACUGCAAAGCAUGUCCGCUACAACAUUGAGCAGCUGGCUGCCUUAGAGUGAGCCCUUGUCGUGGUCACCUGAUCCCGAGUGACAGGCAGCGUCCAAGGCAUGUUCCCCAGUAUUCCCAGCUUUUCUGUGGCACCUUUAACAGUACUGUCGGGAGGGAAAAUGGCAACAUUUUGAAACUGGAUAUUUCAUCUUCUUUUUGAUUUUGCUUGAAAGUGGCACCAGCUGUGCCCCUUUUUUCCACCUGUGCAGCUGGUGCUGCUGGUCACAGUGGCCGCUUGUCUCUUUUCUCUGUAGCUUUGCUCUGUUGAGUCCUGGACUUAGCAGGUGAGGAGUGGGUGAGGAAGAGACCUGGGUCCCUGUGGCUG